AUGGUCGACCCCUACUGGUAUCUUGUAUACAUCUCUGAAGUGUUCGGCUGGAUAUACUUCUGUGCGUGGUCGAUCUCCUUCUACCCUCAGGUGUACCUGAACUGGAAGAGGAAAUCAGUUGCUGGGUUUUCAAUUGAUUUCGCAAUUUUGAACGUGGUUGGUUUCUUCUUCUACACUUGAUAUUCAGUAGGAGGGUUCGUAUACCCAUAUCUAGGUACAGGAAAUGUUGGAGUAAAUGACCUCUUCUUUGCACUCAAUGCUUUUUUGCUCUGUGGCUGCCAGUGAGCACAAGUUUUUAUAUACGAUAGAGGUACUCAGACGAAGUUCAGGUCUUGGGUAAAAUAUUUACUUGUUAUCGAAAUAACCUGCUUCUGCACUGUGUUCCUUAUGGAAGGAGUUUUUCAGCUCAAGGAUAUCCCUCCUGGUUUCAAUACUUUCAGAGUGGCUGGAUACAACAAAGCUUUGAUAACUUUACUUAAGUAUAUGCCUCAAGUUUAUCUCAACUGGAAAAGAAAAAGCACAGUAGGAUGGAGUAUCUUCAACAUUUUAUGUGAUUUUACAGGAGGGGCGUUCAGUAUUGCUCAAGAAGUAAUCGAUAAUACUUAUUGCAAUUUAACAAGAGGCAACUGCAACUUCUUUGGAAGUGGGGAUUCAUUCAACAUCAUUAAAUUUUUACUAGGAGUUUUAUCAAUUUUCUUUGACAUAAUAUUCAUGAUUCAACACUACUACCUCUAUCCUCAAAGAGAUGAAGAAGCAAAGAAGCCUUUGUUGGAAGAAAAUAAAGAAGAUAGUGGAAAUGCAAUAGUCUCCACAAAGAAGCCGGUUGUUACCUUAUAA